CUGCCAUUUAUUUCUUCAGAUAUUCUGUGUAUGGAACCGAGAGGCAUCGUCAAAUCCUUCCCCAAAGUAAAGAGACUGAGAGAAGGCGGUAAUUCCGUUGGAGACAAGAAGAAGCCGAAGACUCAUGUGGAUAUUCAAGGAACAUGCUUUGAGGGAGUCAGAGCGUACGUUCUUCAGGCUGGUAUUGGCCAGGCCCGCUCAGAAAUAUUUCAAAAGCAGAUUAUCCAGAAUGGAGGUCAAGUUGCCGUCCGGUUUUCCGGAGAGGUGACGCAUGUCGUAGUGGAUGAAGCAAUGGACUGCGAUCGGGCUUUUCGGUUGCUAAAGCUGGAAAAACGUCCUUCCGGGAUGCAGCUUGUGAAAUCCACGUGGCUGAGCCUAUGUAUUAAAGAGAAGAAGAUUGUCAAUACUGCCGGCUACAGCAUCUUCAUCCCGGACAGGUACCUGGAUGUGAAGGACCAAGAGAAGAAAGAAGAAAGACGCAUGGCUAACGAGAAUUACAGGAAGCAACAUGAUGAAGCACCAGGAGCCAGCGGUGGACAGCCCGCAGCUUGCGACUCUCAGACACGGCUUGCUUCUGAUCUUUUAAACGUGAAUGAUGGCAAAGUCUCUAAAAUGCAGGCUAGUGAAGAAGGGAGUGAUGUAGAAGACACGAAUGUUACACAGGGAGACCUGGAUGCCUUAAUCUCAGGAAGCCGUCCUAAAACCGGCACAGGCCAAGCAGAAGCAACUGAAAAAGCAGCUACGGUUUCUGGAAAGUGGGUUUGUGCUCAUUCAUCCGAGAGCAAGAAGGAGAAUUACAACCAGUUCAUUACAGAGAAGCUGGAGGUCCUGGCUAAAGCUUACACGGUCCAAGGAGACAGAUGGAGAGCCCUGGGCUAUUCCAAAGCCAUCAAUGCCCUUAAAAGUUAUCAUAAGCCGGUCACGUCUAUGGAGGAAGCCAGCAGCAUUCCUGGGAUCGGAAAGAAAAUGGCUGCAAAAAUUGAAGAAAUAUUAGACAGCGGGCAUUUGCGCAAACUGGACCACAUCAGUGACAGCGUGGCCAUAUUGGAGCUGUUUUCCAAUAUCUGGGGAGCCGGGGCGAAGACUGCACAGUCCUGGUAUCAACAGGGCUUCCGAACUCUUGACGACGUCCGCACGAAGGCGCACCUAACCUCACAACAGUCUAUAGGACUAAAGCAUUAUGAAGAUUUCUUAGACCGCAUGCCCCGGGAAGAAGCAGGACAAAUUGAAGAAACUGUUCGAAAAGUGGCGCAGAAUAUAAACCACGGGCUGAUGGCGAUGGCCUGUGGCUCUUACCGGAGAGGGAAGGAAAGUUGUGGCGACGUGGACGUUUUAAUCACCCAUCCUGACGGGAAGUCCCAUAAGGGGAUAUUUAGCAAACUCAUUGACGGGCUUAAGUCCCAAGGUUUUUUAACAGAUGAUUUGGUGAGUCAAGAGGAGAAUGGGAACCAAAAGAAAUAUAUGGGGGUUUGUCGUCUUCCAGGACAAAGACACAGGAGGCUGGACAUUAUUGUUGUCCCCUAUGGAGAGUUUGCUUGCGCGCUGAUGUACUUUACUGGAUCGGCACACUUCAACCGAUCAAUGCGUGCGUUGGCCAAAACAAAGGGAAUGAGCCUAUCGGAACACUCCCUCAACAAGGACGUGGUCCGUAGCGGUAAUCUGAAGGUCAGCACAGGCUGUCCCUUACCUACCCCAACAGAGAGGGAGAUCUUUGAGCAUCUUGGCCUGCCUUUCAGAGAACCAUGUGAAAGAGACUGGUAGAUAUACCAAUCACUGUACAAGUGUGGAAGAAACAUGCUUUAAAUUAAGUGUAUAUA